AUGGCACAACCACUGGAAGAUGCGUACAUUACGCUUCUUAUGAGCGAUUCCUAUCUACCGGGCGCAGUCGUUCUUGCAAACUCUCUGCGCGAUGCCGGAACCACCAAGAAGCUUGCCGUGCUCGUCACGAUGGAGACGCUAUCAGCUGACACCAUCUCGGAGCUCAAGGCGCUUUACGAUUACCUGAUACCCGUCGAGCGCAUACGCAACUCCAAUCCUGCGAACCUCUACGUCAUGGGGAGACCCGACCUGGCUUUUGCCUUCACAAAGAUUGCUCUCUGGAGACAGACGCAGUUUCGCAAGCUCGUGUACCUCGACGCAGAUGUGGUAGCUCUGAGGGCGUUGGACGAGCUGUUCGACAUUGAGGCUUCGUUUGCUGCAGCUCCAGACAUUGGCUGGCCAGAUGCUUUCAACAGCGGUGUCAUGGUUAUUAAACCAGACAUGGGCGAAUACUGGGCUCUCCAGACCAUGGCAGCGACUGGUGACAGCUUCGAUGGCGCAGAUCAAGGCUUACUGAACCAGUACUUCGAACAUCGUCCCUGGCAGCGAUUGAAGUUUACCUACAACUGCACGCCAAACGCCGAGUACCAAUGGGAGCCGGCAUACCGCUACUACAAGCACGACAUUGCCGCCGUCCACUUUAUAGGCAAGAACAAGCCUUGGUCAGGCCAGCAUGCGGGUGGAAGCGGCGUCUAUGGAGAACUGGUAGCGCGAUGGUGGGCGGUGCAUCAGAGACAUCUGCACAAGGCAAAGGGGGGCCAACGAGCUGGUGAGGCAAAGAGCACCCGUGGUGACUCCAUGCUUUCUUCCUCCUCUAUUCCUGCCCCUACCGAGGCCUCUGCCAUUACGACUGAGCCACCCAUGACCGAACCUGGAGAUGAGAUUCAGAAUAUUGACCAAGGUAUAGUAGAGCCAACACCCACGGUAGAACAACGCAAGUUCUCUGCGCCCGAGAUGCAAUGGGACGCAACCAAGUUUGAGCCACCAGCGGAAUCGAGACCCGAAGCUGCCAACUUCCCUACCCAAACGUACACGUUCAGCGAUAGCCGGUCACUCUUCAAAGCGCCACGAGCCUACCCAGAAGCGCCACGGGACAUGUGGUACCAGGUUCCAGAAACCAAGCCUAAGCCUGCCGAGAUGCCUAAGCCCAUCUUCCCGUGGGAGCAAGAGGCGGAUAGACCUAAGCCGACCCGCGUGUUUGCCGAAGACUCACCAGAACCGACUCCCACAGUAAUGUCGCCGACGCACGCCUUCUCAACAGUACACUACGAUGAGGCUGAUAAAGCAGCUCCAACAGGAGCGGAUAGAUCUUAUCAACAUAGUAGCGUGAAUGCCUGGGAUAAUGUUCCAGGCAUCGAUAACUAUGUUCGUGCCAUAUCGGAUAUGAGUGGGAUACGGGGUAAGAACCAGUCCCUACGACACACCACAGGCACGGAUGAUAUCAGCUCGCCCAUUUUGGAACGUAGGAACCGUCGCGAGAGCCUAAUUCUCACCGAUUUCCCGUCCGCAGUCGAGCGACCGAGCCUUCCUGUAACACCUGCGCCGGUUCGUCGUCCCAUGUUUUGGGGCGAAGAGAGGAGCCAAGCAGGUGAACUACCUUCUGCCACAGGAGUGCCAGAUCAGACCGAAUGGAAUCCUGAGGAGAAGCUUGACCAGUUACGACGCUCAUCUCUGAUCGAGUUUGAGCACCUGAAGAAAGACGAGCACCCGAACCCACCAAUGCGUGCGCUUCCCGAGCAUUCAGUCGUUGGGGAGAAAGAAGCAGGCACCUCAUCUGGGUUUGACGGAGCGAGUGAACAGGCUGUUCCAGGUUCGUUCCCGCACGUCGCCGAAAAGGACUUUGCUAGCAGCGACCCUGCACCGGAUGUGCGACCAAGUUCCGGCGACCGUUCAUUCGCCCAUGGUGAUGAGAGCUCCGCGCCGGACCACUAUUCCAAGCAGGACUUUUCUUCUGGGUCUUCGAGCACCUUUGGGCAAAACUUUUCAAGUUCGACGUCGCAGGUAACAUCCCACGAACAGACUGCUGGCCAUCAUUCGCUAUCCUCUGGCCAGCAAGUCCAGGCUGGAGGCAUGACCUUUACUCUGCCCACCUUCGAUGACGGUACUUCAGCUGACACCCAAGCUACCGGAGACGAUCUCAGUCCGACACAGACUAGGACCUAG